CACGAGCAGCUAGCUGCAAGCCUGCAACAGUUCGAGCAGUAGCAUUGCUUUCUCAUCGCCAAGAUCUCGCGGCAACCAUGGCCUACACCAACAGCUGGAAACUCGAGAUCGCGUCGCCGGUCGCCGCGCCACGCCUUUUCCGCCCCGCCGUGAUGGACUGGCACACCCUGGCGCCCAAGCUCGCCUCCCACGUCGUCGCCAGCGCUCACCCCGUCGACGGCGAUGGCAACGUCGGCAGCGUCAGGCAGUUCAGCUUCACUUCCGGCUGCUCUCACAAUACAUCGGACGACACGGGUGUGUCAUGUGUGCCGAUGCUUCCUGCAGGUAUGCCGUUCGGCUUCAUGAAGGAGAGGCUCGAGUUCCUGGACGCGGACAAGUGCGAGUGCAAGUCCACCCUCGUCGAGGGCGGUGGCAUCGGCGUGGCCAUCGAGACCGCGACGUCACACAUCAAGGUGGAGCCGGCGGCCGGCGGCGGCAGCGUGGUGAAGGUGGACUCCACCUACAAGCUCCUGCCCGGUGUGGACGUCAAGGACGAGAUCGUCAAGGCCAAGGAGUCCGUCACUGCCAUCUUCAAGGCUGCCGAGGCCUACCUCGUCGCCAACCCUGAUGCCUACAACUAAGCCGUCAUGUUCCUAUAUAAGACUGUUUGCACAUUCGUGCGUACUGAGGUCAAAAUAAAUAAAGUUGCUCGAGAUGAGCAUCUGCUGGAUGAGGGAGAAACCAGCACAAUGUGGGCUUGCAUUGAGAAGUUUAAUACUAGCGUGUUUUAAUUUUGAUGUCGUCGAAGGGUGCUUUUGGCUGAUAUCUUUGCUGCUUGAUCAUGUAUUCCUCGUUUUACACUGAAACAAAAUAAAA